CGGUAUGAACCGCAUCACUUAGAGCAACAUGCUCCGACAGAAAGGACUUUUACUCUCAACCUGCCUGCUGGCGUGCACCGCCAGUCUGACUCUGGCGCUUCCACCCGGAGCAACAUGGUCUUCGAGUUCCUCACCUGUUUAUUCGAGGGCUCUCGGACCUCCAUCGGGAAUAGACACGAUAUCCGUGCCCUAUGUGCCGAAAUCGCCGUUCUUUCCGAAGUUCGUCGAUCCGAAGAUGUUCAUUUCUAAGAAAACGGACAUGCUGAGCAACUUGUUCGGCGGUUUAGGACCGGUCCAGACUACCGUGACAGACACCAAGCCGAUCGUACCGUAUGGCUCGAGCGGAUCAUCCUUGGACAGCGCUGAGACGGCAAAUCUGUUAUACAGCACCAAAAGAGACGCACCACCAGCGAGCGGUGAAGCGAUCGACAGUAGCGGUGUGUCCAAACGCGGUAUGUUAGGUCCGUUCCCCAAGUUCGGUCCGAUGGGACCGAAAUUCGGACCUACGUCGCCGUUCUCCUCGUCAUUCUCACCGUUCUCGUCGCCGGAUGCCAUACAGACACCGUACUUUCGCAAGAAAAGAAGCGUAGAAUCGCUUUUCUCCACGGACGACAAUUCCGUCUCGGGUCCGCACGUGAUAGAAAGUAUGUCGGCGACGAAAGCAGACAGCGCGCCGAAGGAAUAUUUACCGGGGAUGUUCGGACCGGGCGGUCCGUUCGGCGGACCUUUCGGGCCGGCGGUGGAUCCGAGCAUGUUCAUAGGAAAGAAGUCGACAUUUUUGGAUUCGCUCUUCAAGAAUCUCGCCACUAGCACUCCGGCGACAACGACGGAAGAGCCGAUGAGCACCAUCGUGCCAGCCAGUUUCUGGUUACCGUCCUCCGUGAUCCCGGGUCCAGGCGAGUACACGUCGAAAGUGUCGGACUUCUUGGACAAAUUGUUUGACAGUUUGAAGUUGAACGCAACUUCGGACGCAAGCGACGGCGCCAAAUUUAUGAGGUCUUUGAAACCCGAAGAACUUUCAGUAGACAAGAGAUCACUGGACGAUGCGUCAUCCGUCGUGGCCGCUAAGGAUGCGAUUGUCGACGCGAUAAUGUCAGAGCUCGGUGAUCUGAAGGGCGACAUGAUCGCGACCCUAAACGACCUGAUCGCGUACGAGAAGGCCUCGGCGGUCGCCGCAGCUGCGUCGAAGAAACCCUUCAAACCUUCUCCCUUCUCCGGGUUUCCUUUUGCGAAACCAACUUUGGAUCCGACGUUGCCCUUCAAACAGAGAAUGACCGUGCUCAGUCAAGUAUUCGACAUGCUGACGGACCUGCAGAAGAACAUCACCACGGCCGCGAAGAGCGCGACGAGUAACAACGUCGACGCUUCAAAUAAUCCGGAAUUGCCGAACGCUCCAUUGGCUGGUGCUUCAUCGAUAAACAACACUCUCUUGAGCGCCAUUUUGAAGAAAUUAUCUGCCAUCGAUACCGCAACUUCUGCUUCUUACCCGUCCGAUUUCAUCAAAGAGAAUCCGAUUGCAAGUAGAGCUCUGUCGAAGGAGCCGACGUCCAUUUGGGUGUCUUAUCCGGAGAAUCCAUUGUCCCGUGCGAAGCGACAAGCGGACUUGCUGCCGUUUCUGGGAUACGAGAACGACGAUCGUCAGCGCGACCACAGACCGUAUACGAGAGGCGUGAAAAUGCAGAUGCAUCAGGGAUAUCAGAGUCUGCCCGCGGGAUCGGUGGAGUCCGUGCAAGCUGGAGGAGGUUCCACUCCGGGUCAUCAAGGAGGCGGAAUCAAAUUAUUGAUUCAAAUGCCUAAAUUGCCUAACUCUCAAGCACCGGGCUUGGACCUAACGGAGACUUAAACAAGUGGGCCGACUGGGUGCAGUAUCACAAGAACGACUAUCAAGAUCACAGGCAUCAUCAUAAUCACCAUUAGGCCACUCUCUCUCCCUCUCUCUCUCUCUCUCUCAGCCAGCAGGAGUAUUUCUUUCUCGUCACACAAAUUACAUAUAUACAUUUGCACGAUUAUUUUUUAACGAAAAAACUCUUGAAAGAAGAAUGUUGUUAUCCGAAACCAUAUAAACGUGUACGAUUAUAAUCGUUUUGUUUCUCCAAUAAAAAAUAUAUUCGCUAAAAAAGAA